GAAAUUUCGAAGCUUCUCAGGGAGCCUUUGAACGCCUCCGUGGCAGAAGAUGCGUUGGGGGGUGUGGUGAAAAGUUUGGAAAUGUUCUCGACUAGCAUUGACCGUGUGUUUUUCGUGUGUGUUUGGAUGCGGGUGACAGAGGAAUAGCAGCGAGGGAAGCAGGAUGGAGUCGUCCGUGAUGAAGCCUGAAGCCAAGAAGAAAACCAAGCCCAAACUGCCUCCCUGGCCUCCUGUGACUCCAAAAAAUGAGGCCGAAAUGUUGGACAAGCCCGCUCCUGUGGUGCCUCCGCGACCGAAGUACAGCGAACUGAGCCAAACCCAGUAUCGCCUGAAAAUAUUAGAGAAGGAUGGCGAGGCCACCCGAAACGUGAUGCAAAGUGAGACGAGGGAGAAAAAGCCAGAAACUCCCGUGCCGCCGCCGAGACGGGGAGAGCAGGAGAGGAACCGGUCGACGAGACACAGCCAGCGCAACAGCGACGACAAGCGGAUUUCCUCCGGAAGCGUCCAAUCGGACACGGCCGAUGACAUCAAGCAGACACGUCCGUCCCUGCUGACGGCCAAGUUUCAACAAAGCCUAAAAGACAAAAAAAGCACAUUUAUUAGUCACGUGACUGACGACCAGGACAGAGGUGACGACGCUCCGGACAAACAGGCCAGCGCCAACAAACCGGGUGUCCUGAAAGGCGUGAUGAAGCACCUGAGGUCCACGCCCAAGGUCAGCGGAGGCGAGGCGGCCCCCGAUCCCAACAAGGACGAAGCGGCUUCGGAAAAGGAACGGCCGGCCGGCGACAAAGCCAAACAAGACAGAAGUGCAGAAUCCAAACAAGAGUUCGGCGGUCGGCUCGCAGGAAUGUUCCGGAAACCUCCUAUGGUGACGGUCGGAAGAGUGGACAGCGAUUCCGAGGCGACCAAAGAAGACGAGAAAACGUCGGAACGAUCGAAUGCUGGAGGAAUUUUCAACGGGAUGUUCAAGAAGAAACCUGCAGAAGCACCUCAGCUGGACGAGGAGCAGCCCGCUCUCCGCGCCGACAUGUCGAACAGCAGCGACAAUCUGUUGCAGAAGCCCUCCUCGGAGGAAAAAGGAGGAUUUUUCAGCAGCAUUCUCCGAAAAUCUCCCAAGAUCCCCAAAGAGACGCCAGCCGAGCAGGAUUCCGAGGAGCUCCGCGGCGAUCUCUCGGGCAGCUCGGACAGCCUGUCGGAGAACAAGGAAAAAGGAGGUUUAUUUAGCGCAUUCCUCAAGAAGACGCCCAAAGCCGGCACGGAGGAGAACACGAGCGCGCAGAAAGAACUGUCAGCGAGCAAUGACAGUCUGUCCGACGCCGCAAAGACAAAAGAGAAAGGAAGCGCGUUCGGCGGAAUGUUCAAGAAGUCGCCCCGAUCGACCGACGCUCCCAACGCAGAGGAACCACAAGACGACGAACGCUCGGUGGGCAGCGACGGACCCGCAGAGGAAAAUAACAAGGAAAAAGGAGGAAUAUUUGGCGGAUUCUUCAAGAAGGCUUCCAAAGCACCUCAGCCAGAGCAGGACGAGAGCGUGGAUAAACAGUUGUCAACCAGCAGUGAGAAUUUAUCUGAGGGUAAAGCGGAGAAAGAUCGAGGGCGGUUUGGUGUCUUCCUCAAAAAGACCCCCAAAGGAGAGAGGGCUGAAUCAUCAGAUAGCGAGGAGGACAAGGAGCAGGCGGUGACAACGGCAGCAAGAGGCGACGAUGCGGCCGACAGGAACGUCAACAAGGACAAAAACCUUUUCAGCAACAUGUUCAAGAAGCCUCAGAAGCCUGCAGAGGGCGACAAGGAAGCGGCGCUCAAGAGUGACGCGGCAACAUCUGGGAGCUCAGAGAACUUAUCGGAAAACGUCGCCAAGGGGAAAAAAGGAGGCCUGGCCGGCAUCUUCAAAAGAUCCUACAGCAACGACAACAUGGUGGAUGAGAAAAUCUCUCUUCACAAAAACAGAAUGUUGAAAAUGGAAGCAAGGUGUCCAGCUGUUUAUGUUAAAUCGCUUUCGUACUUGUCAUUCCAGGACAAGGAGAAGUCAUCAAGUAAUGACAAUUUGUCGGAAACCACCAACACCAAGGAGAAAGGUGGACUCUUCAGCGGCCUGAAGAAAACAACAACAACAACAAAAUUGUCUGGAGAUGACAAGGCUGCAUGGGACAAGGAGAAGUCGUCAAGUAAUGACAAUUCGUCUGAAAACACCAACACUAAGGAGAAAAGUAUUUUCAGUGGCAUGUUCAAGAAAGCUCCGAAAGUAGCUGACGAGGCCACAGCAGACGAGGAGUCAAACGGUGGUGAGGAGAAGAAGUUAUUAUCGGCCAGCAAUGAAAGCCUGACAGAAGAAAACACACCAAAGGAAAAGACAGGAGGUUUGGCGGUAAUGUUCAAAAAGUCGCCCAAACCGGCGCCGCGCUCCACCGCCACCAAGGAUCCCCUGAGUGACGACAAGGAGGCAGAAAGUGUCCAGGACGACUUGUCAGGAGACGAACUAUCAGGCAGUUCUGUCAAUCUUGUAGCUGCCGUCGCAAAGGAGAAAAAAGGAGGCUUCACAGGCAUGUUCAAAAGGACGCCCAAAACUGCUGACAAACAGGACGAUGUUGACGACAAGGAGGGCGCGGCGCCACCUGCGGGCGGCGGGCUGAGACGCAGCAGGACCAUCAAGAGGAAAAGAAAAGUCGUGUCCUUCAGAGUCAAGACAACUCUUCCCAGGAUGCCCAAAUUCAGUGCGUCGUCACAGGCCCAAGAAAAAACGCCCCUCAUUGAGGAAAGUGUGGAGAUGCAGGAGAUGAACCCAGCACAGGAGAGCACAGUGGAAGUCCAGCCGGUGGAGAUGGCAGCGUACCCGACCGGGGGAAACCCUCUGGAAUCUGAGGAGGAGAACGACGGCCUGUUGGAAUGGUGGAACAACGUCGAAGGCUGGGCCGAGUGGAACGAGACGGCCAAUUUCCAAGAAGAUGAUGAGGGAAUUGCGAUGGAGGAGGCUGCCGACCGUGUCUUCAUGGCGGCGCGCCUGUUCGUGCGCCUCUUCAACCAGCGGGGGGCGUCCUUGCAACAGUGCAUCCUGGAGCUGCUGGGCAUCGCCGAUGCCGCCGACCAGUUCCACAAGAAGACGGUUUCCGCGGCCGUGGGCGGAGGCGUGGCCAGCGUGGCCGGCAGCCUGGCCACCAUCACGGGGCUCAUCCUGGCGCCGUUCACCUUUGGUGCCUCCAUCAUCGUCACGGCGGUUGGCAUCAGCGUGGCCACGGCGGGAAGCAUCACCUCGGCCACAGCCAACAUCACCGACGCCGUCCACUCCAACAUGGACCGCAAGAAGGUGGAGAAGAUGAUCCAGGACUACCAGGAGCAGAUAAAAGAUAUUCGUGACUGCAUGGAUUUCGUGCAGGAGGGCAUAGACACCUUGCAAGAGUGGGAUUUUGAGAAGUACUCGCAGAGUGCCGCCAAGAAGGCGCUGAACCAUAACAUCAAGCAUGUCGUGAAGGAAGGAGGCCGGGCAGGGAAAGCCCUGAUGAUCAACACUGACAAGCUCAUCAGCACCGUGCAGGUUCUGGGCGCUGGGGCCGGGGCAGCCAAGGCCGCCCAGGCCAUCAGUGUCACCACGGGGGUCAUGUCGGCGCUCUUCCUGGCCCUUGACGUCUUCUUCCUCGCCAAGGACUCCCAUGAGCUGCGCAAAGGCGCCAAGACAAAGUUCGCCUCCAAGAUCAGGGACGUGUGCAAGGAACUGCAGGAUGGCCUCCUGGAGCUCAAUAAGGUUAAGACGCAGCUGCAGAAGACCAUGGACGGCAUCGAGGUGGAGGAGUAUGAGGAGAUCGAGGAAGUGGAGGUGGAGGUGGAUGACGACCUGGAGUCUGAUCCCAAGAAGCUGGCCGAGCUGGAGCAAGAGCUGGACCUAUUGGAGGAGAAACUGGACAAGAGGAUCGAGGAAGGCAAAAAUGUGGAGAAGGAAAGCGAGUCCAAGGAGAAGACUGAAGGGACAAGGAAAAAGGACAAACUGGAUAAGGAAACUGAGAACCGGACCGCAGCUAGGAAGGAGAAGCACAAGAAUGAGGAAUCACCAUUGUGUAAACAAGUGGAGGAGAAACCCAAAGAGAAGGACGACGCUGGGAAAGAACCACCGAGAACAGGAGACUCUGGGGAUAAGCCAGAAUUGGAGAGUAGCCACCGAGAACAUGGGGGGAAAGAACCAAUGGAGGACCCCAGAAGGAAGCAAGAACAUGAGAGAAGCUACCGACAAGACAGAGGGAUGACUGGGAAUCCCAAAGUAACACCGGAGAUCAAGGAGCGGGUCAAUCAUCAGAGAGGAAGCACCAUAUCCGCCAAAAACGAAAGCAACAUGACAGACAGGAUUCGAGCAAAGGAAUGGAGGACAGACGAUACAGUUAGUAUACACGGACGGGACGGGGAGAAAGGGAUGACUAGAGACAGUCACGGAAGAAGCGAUGACCGCAGGCUUUCGGACCGGAGUCACGAAUCGAGUGCGAUGGACUACAUGGAGGAGAAGAUGGCAGCCAGCCAGAGGAGUCACCACAGGUGGGCGAUGGAAGAGGAAGUACGUGGCGAGGAAAAACGAGGGAGCCGACUCGAGAGCGCUCGGUACAAGUUUGAGAAAGGCGGCAAGGACGAGGAGGAUCAUCGAAGGAGCACCGAGAGUCACAGGAGAGGAAGUAACCGAGUCAAUGCAGGAAGUCACCGGGAGAGGAGAGCAAGUGACAGAGACAAGACAGGAAGUGACCGGGAGAGGAGAGGAAGUGACAGGGACAAGACAGGAAGUGACCGAGAGCACAAACACAGUCGUCAAAGUUCUCAUCGUUCCAGCGUCCUGCUAGAUGAUGGACUCUAUAUUUAGAUUUUUAGCUCUUUGCUUUUUAAAAACUGGUUUUACACAAUGUAUCACAUAUUUGAUGAGUUCUAAAUACUGGUCCUGUUUUUGGUAGGAUUUUGUAGGAUUCUGGACAAAAAGUAAUGCACUGUAGUUAGUGGAGAAAUCACUUAUUGGGAGAAGCCAGGUGUAGGUUUUUCUGUCUGACCUUAAAGCGAGACUUCUUAAAAAGAAUUAUUUUGAUCCAGUUCUUUGGCUCAAAGUCCUAAGCAAGACCUUGUUGUCUUCUGGCGAACGUUUCCAACAAGCGCUACUGUGUCUUUUUGAGGCAAGACAAAAGCUAGGCCGGGGUAUUUGUCUGACCUCAAAGUAAGAUCUGCAGGUAUGUGUGUUUGUCCUAAUCUUUAGGUCAAAGUCCUGAAUAAGACCUUGGUGUUUAGGUCCUACUAUUCUGGUUCAUGUCUCAAGUGUCUUUUUGGGUCCAGUCUUACAUCUAGUUUCAAGCUAGACCGAGGUCUUUUAGUCAAAGUGUGAAGCUUGACCAUGGUGUUUUGGCCCUAGUCUUCUGGCCAGUGUCUUCAACUAGACCUAGUAGGUCUGUUGGGGACAUGUUUGAAGCCAGACUUAGGUCUUUGUCUGACCUUAAAGCAAGAUCCACUCAAAUAAUGCUCAUUUGGUCUUCGUCCUUCGGCCAACAUCUCAAGCUAGAUGUAGGUCUUUUGGGGACAAGCUUCAUAUGUUGACCUACAGUAUGUCUUUCGGUCCAGGUCUUUUAGUCCCAUUCCACACGAGCAAGUCAUAAGCCAGGCCUUGAUUUUUCUGACCAAAUUUCAAUUUACUGCAUGUCUUUAGGUCCAGGUUUAAAGCAAGGCAUUGGCGUUUUGGUCCUCGUGUUCUGGCCAAAGUCACCAGCCAAACUAAGGUCUUCUUGAACAGCCCUAGGUUUUUUGGUCAAAGGCCAAAGCAAGAUCUUGGCACUUUGGUCCAGAUCUUUUAGCCAAAUAUUUGAGUAGAAAAUGUUCAUGUUUUUAGGAUAGUUAUACAUAUUAUUAUUAUUAUUAUUAUUAUCAUAUCAUUAUAUAGUUAGAAUAAUUAUAUUAAUAUAAUUAUUAUUAAAUGAUGCCAUUUUGGCUUGUUAUGGUUACCGCUGACAUUUUUAUACAAAUCUGGUGUUGGUCGUCUUUCUGAGCAAAUAAAUUAUUUUGUGCCAAUAUU